AGGCGGAGCUGCUGCCGCCGGAAGCGCGAUGCCUUGAACCUGGGGUAACUAUGUGAAGCAACACUGUUUCUGGAUUUCAAGACAUCCUUUCAUCAUGGGACAGCAAAUUUCAGAUCAGACACAGUUGGUUCUUAACAAGUUACCAGAAAAAGUAGCAAAACAUGUCACAUUGGUUCGAGAAAGUGGCUCCUUAACUUAUGAAGAAUUUCUUGGGAGAGUAGCUGAACUUAAUGAUAUAACUGCUAAAGUGGCUUCUGGCCAGGAAAAACAUCUUCUCUUUGAGGUACAGCCUGGGUCUGAUUCCUCUGCCUUUUGGAAAGUGGUUGUACGUGUGGUCUGUACCAAGAUUAACAAAAGUACUGGCAUUGUAGAAGCAUCACGGAUCAUGAAUUUGUACCAGUUUAUUCAGCUUUAUAAAGACAUCACAAGUCAAGCAUCAGGAGUAUUGGCCCAAAGCUCCACCUCUGAAGACCCUGAUGAAAACUCAUCAUCUGUAACAUCUUGUCAGGCUAGUCUUUGGAUGGGAAGGGUGAAGCAGCUGACUGACGAGGAGGAGUGUUGUAUCUGUAUGGAUGGUCGAGCUGACCUCAUCCUGCCUUGUGCUCACAGCUUUUGUCAGAAAUGCAUUGAUAAAUGGAGUGAUCGACACAGGAAUUGCCCUAUUUGUCGCCUACAGAUGACUGGAGCAAAUGAAUCUUGGGUGGUGUCAGAUGCACCCACUGAAGAUGAUAUGGCUAACUAUAUUCUUAACAUGGCCGAUGAGGCAGGCCAGCCCCAUAGGCCAUGACCUUGGAGUGAAAGUCUUCUGUUGCUAUUAUGAGCUACAAACAUUUUGGUCAUGGGAGAAGAAUGCAGGGAUAUUGUUGAACAGACACAGACAUCAAUUUUCCCUACCCUCUUAUUUUCGCUAUUCUGACAAUUUGUUCCAUUUCUUUUGAUAGACUUUCCAUGUCUUCCAUUUAUAGUAAACUAAAAUUUGCUAGUGUUUUAGACCAUAUUUUUCUGUUAUUUAUCUGUUCUAAUAUAUAUUAGAACUAAUUGCUCUUGAAUUCUUUGCUGAACAGCAAUACUUCCAGAGACUUCUGAAACACUGUUUUUCAGGGCAGGAGUAUUCUGGAAUCUAUUUAGUUAGGUUUAAAAUAAACCUUGAAUGUCAAAAAAUUGUAGCCAUCUGAGAGAAAAUUUGAAGUGACUGAAAAUGUAGAAUACAUCAAAGUGCAUGUUACUACUUAAAUUAGUCUUUCUGCUGGAAUCUAAGGAGUGUGUAUGCCCCCUUGUGGUUAAUUAUUGCUCCUUUAAUAAUUUUUACUUGAAAUGAUCCACAAUUAUUUCAUAACUUUAGCAGUGUGUUUUGGAACUACAUGUUUUUUACUCAAGUCUUUUUUUUUUUUUUUAUGCUGUAUAAUUUGGGUGAGGACUAUAAAGCUGGGCAUGAUUUUGCCUUGUAAAUGGAUUUCUGCUGGGGAAUCUUGGCUGUUCUGGAAAAGCUUUCCCACAGCUGGGAAACUGUUCUAAGUAGCUUUUG